AUGAGGACGGAGGGUUUGUUCAGGAUGAAGAUGGUCUGGCUCUUGAUUUCAGUGCUUGGUCUUCAUCUCAUGGCUUUAACUUCUGCUCAGCCACAGGAGUGUCCCUCCACCCACGACCUGCUGAACUCUCUGCGUCAGGUGGAGAAGAUGUUGGCGGUGCACGAGGCGUCGUACCAGCAGGGCCUGCGCUCACUGAGGAAGAAGAUGAGCGCUCUGCACAACAGCACCAUGGCCAUCUUUAAAACCGGAGCUACCUGUCCCAAACCGGAGCCCCCUCCUCACGGCCGCAGACUGGGCCGGGUGUUCGGCGUCGGUCACGAGGUUCACUUCCUGUGCAAACCGAGCUACGAGCUGAUUGGCCCGCGGACUCGCGUGUGUCUGGACUCUCUGCGGUGGAGCGGGCAGCAGCCAAUGUGUCGACGUCUCAACAACACGGGGAACUCUCUGCCCUCCUUCUCUCCUGCUGCUCCUUCCUCCUCCUUCCUGAGCUCUGCUGCUCUGUCAGCUCCCUCUUCCUCCUCCUCCUCCUCCACCUCUUCUCCACUUCCUCCCCUCUCCUCUUUAUCACCCUCGUCCUCCCCACCUUCCUCGGUCCGCCCGUCUCACUGCACUCACUUCCUGGGCUCGACCCGCUGCACCUGUGACGUCGGAUUCACCAUCUCAGGCCGGGACAACAACAUCUGCACAGACAUCGACGAGUGCCGUCUGUUCCCUCUGGGUCAGCCCGGUCGCCUCUGCGUCCAUCAGUGCGUCAACACUCCCGGGAGCUUCCACUGCUUCUGCCCCCGCGGGUACAACCUCGCCAACGACGGGCGCAGCUGCACAGACAUCGACGAGUGUGAGAACCAGAUCCACAACUGCACAGCAGAGCAGGUGUGUGUGAACACCUUCGGAGGGUUCCAGUGUGUGUCCGUGGAGUGUCCCCACAUGAAGAACGCCACGUACAUCAAGACGUCACCCAUGCGCUGUGAGAGGAACCCGUGCAUGCUGGGAGACACGGGCUGCACUCAGGCUCCGAGCUCCAUCUCCUUCCACUUCCUGUCCGUGGUGUCCAACAUGUCGGCGCCCCGCGUCCUCUUCAGGGUGUCGGCGGCUCGGGUGCUGGGCGACACGCUGAGGUUCGGCCUGGCGGGGGGUCACGGCCGGGGUCAUUUCAGCGUGCAGCGGUCCGGGCGGCAGACCGGGACCCUCCUCCUGGUGACGCCCAUCGCGGGUCCGGCCUCUCUGGAGGCCGAGGUGGAGAUGAGCGAGCUGGAGAGGAACUCCCUGCUGGGACGCUACCUCACCAAGGUCACCCUGUUCGUCUCUCCGUACGAGUUUUAGGGAGAGGACUGACGAGGACUUUGGACUCAAGUAUACAAACGAGUCCCACAAACUUUUACAGGACAGCUGAAAUUUAAAAAUGUACAAUUUGUUUUUGAUAUUUUGUUAAUAUUUGUUUAAUA